GCUGCUUGUGAAACAGCCACUUUGAUUCAAGCUCUUUCGGGGGCUGCUUGUACUAGCACCACAUCCGUCCCUGCAAGACUGCGCCAUGGGGAGUGGCUACUACAGCCUCGUGGCCACUGCCCUGCUGGUCAUGAACUUGGAGAGGACGCGGUCCGUGCGGGAUGCCUGCAGCAACUGUCCAGCUGGUACCUUCUGCGGGAAAGACAAGGGUCAGAUGUGUGUUCCCUGUCCUCCAAAUAGCUUCUCCAGCACCGGCGGACAAAGGGCUUGUGACAUCUGCAGGCUGUGCAAAGGUGUUUUCAGGACCAAGAAGGUGUGCUCCCCCACCAGCAACACAGAGUGCGAGUGCAUCUCGGGGUUCCACUGCCUCGGGGCCGGAUGUACCAUGUGUGAACAGGACUGCAAAAAAGGCCAAGAACUAACCGAAGACGGCUGUAAGGACUGUGGCUUCGGAACGUUCAAUGACGGGAGAUUCGGCGCCUGCCAGCCCUGGACGGACUGCUCUCCGGAUGGGAAGGCCGUGCUCGUCAACGGGACCAGGGAGAGAGACGUGGUGUGCGCGCCUGCCGGGCCCGACUUCUCCCCAGGUACGUCCGCGGCCCCGCACUCACACCCGGGACAGGGCCAGGCAGCUGGGCUGUCGCUGUCGAAUCGACGGGACCACGGGAGCCGGACACGCCUCAGCACCCCGGGGUCCCCCGUCCCCCACAGGCGCCUCCAGCGCACCUCCCUCUCUGGUCCUGGCAUCGAGGCGCUUGUCGGCCGCCCCCACCAGAGCAGCCCCUCCUUCCUUGUGACCGUGGCGACGGCUGCGCUGUUGGUGCUGUUCCUGCUGUUCCUGCUGCUGUUCCUCACGUUCCGCCUCCCUGCAGCGCAACGGGGCCGGAGGAAACUCCUGUACAUCCUCAAGCAGCCUUUUAGGAAGCCGGUGCCGACUGCCCAGGAGGAAGAUGCCUGCAGCUGCGGGUUUCCGGAGGAGGAGGAGGGGGAAGAGGGCAAACUGUGAG